GGUGCCUGUCGCUCGUGCAUCUCUGCAUGACAAGUACCGAUGCUCGCUUGCUCCUUUCGACGUUUUUAUUAGUCAAAAGUAUUGUUAUACCUAGGAAAUAUACGACUCGUCAAAACGUAUCCCUACUUCGAAUAUUUACCGAGCAUUUUUGGGGUCAGACAAUGCGUAAAAUACGCCCUGACGCGAUAUUUUUGGGAUAGAUGUCACAUCGGGGACGGAGAUGUGUUGGUGGGUGGUUGAUUUUAACUCUUGAACGUGUGUCACUAGAAUGUGCACGUACACACACUCGCGUGCAGUACGCACGAGAAUGCAAAAGCCUUGACACUUGCUACAUCUGUCAAAAAUUUUCAAACUUCAUUAUUAUUUACCGAGUGAUGAUAUUUGUCGUUUAUUCUUUUAACAAUGGUGAGUUGUCGUGUUACACGCUUUGCUACAAAUUGAAUUACACAGCACCCCUUCAACAGUGAUUAUUUCUGCCUCUUCUACGUCUAUAAGUAUAAUGUUAGCGAAAAGAAUAUGACGAGGAGCUGCAGAGGCAAGAAAAAAUCGAAAGCAGAAAUCAACUGAGCACCACAUCGUCUUUACCUACAGUCCACAACAACCAACAACGACGACGAUUCCAACCAAUUUACAAUUAAUAUCGUUCGUCAUUUACUCCGUGCUCGAUAGUAUCACUAAAAAUUUGACAAUCAUUUCCGAAUCAUCACUCAAGAUAUAAAAAAAAUUCAAACAGUUGAGGAACGCAUUACUAACGAGAACAUUUAAAUUUCUUUUUUGCAAAAAAUCUUAUCAACCUUUUCAUUUGGUUUGAAUAAAAAAAAUCCACCAAAAUUACUAAAACUAAAUAAUGUCAACUUAAUUUUAGUAAUUCGAAUUUAAAUAAACUUAGAUUCAUCAAAUUAAUAUAUCUUUUGAACGUAUUUUUAGUAAUCCAUCAAUUCAACAUAAAGGAGAAAUAACCUUUGACAUUCAACGAUCAAUAACGUAAUAUAAAUACUAAAAUAAAAUACAUAAAUUUCAUUGCAUUAAAUGACUAGGCUCAGUGUUACAAAAAGUGUGAUGUCUUAUUUGACGUAUGAUUGUCGAUUGAAGAAUACUACGCAGUUCAGAGUUUCGGCGAUUGUUAUUUUUGGAACACCUGGAUUGGACUUGGCAUAAAACUUGGGCUAAAAGAAGUGUAAAUAUCGACCUGGAAUUGAAUGACUGUCCAACGUAAAAUUUGGAAGGGGGAGAACAUAGGAUAGAACCAAUUCCUUUUCAAGUUGGUUGUGUACGUGCAAUGCCGAGAUGCUGUAAUGAGAGAAAAACAUCGAGUCCGGUGACCAACAAUAACCGCAACAACAGCGAAGAUAUAUCCUUAUUGCGUUCAAACACUUUAGAACGCAACAAUUUUUCCAUUCCGUGUCAAUCGGAGCCGGACGACGAUCUACGAGUUGUAGAAAGGUCUCAUAGAAGACUUCGGUGUGACUUGAGUCCAGUACCCACUAGCACCAGCCUUAGCUUUAAACUUCUCAGUAUAAAGGGUGAAAAAGGGAGUCAAGGCAGGCAGUUGCAACAACAGGUGAUAAGUGGAACUGGUGGUGGCGGAGGUGGUGGUGGUGGUGUUGGUGGUGGGCAUAAGGAAAGCAAAAAGAAAGCAGCUAUAGGCAACGCGGUGCGUGGACUGUUUCCAUCUGGCCAUAGCAGGCAGGACAGGUAUGAGACAAGCAGGCAGCGCUCCCCAGGUGGGACCGGUGGUGGCAUUGGCUUGUCCGGCUUGUGUCCAAGGCUGGUGGCGAGUGGCGGCGGUGUUGGUAGCCAGGGUGGUGUGGGGGUGGGGGUGGGCCACCUAGCCCCCCAGGAGGGGGGAGGCACAUGUAGCGUCGUAACUACGCAAAGACACCACAAUCACAAUCACAACAGUAAUCACGGACAUAGGCGUCAGCGGAAGCUGUCCGUUAUUUCUCAAGCUGGUUCCAGUACAAAUAGCACUGUAGAUCGGAAGAUAUCACCCGGGGUGAAUCGUUCAUCUGUAACAAUUUGUAAAAGGCAGACUCGGACGAGCCGCAUAGAUCAUAGUACGGAUUCUGUAUUAACAAGCUCACCUUCACCGAAAAAGAAGACACAAUCUGGAUUACAGGUCUUGGAUAAGUCCUCCGCACAGAGUUUGAAUUUGAAUCCUUUGGAACAAGAGAAUGACCGCAGCUUUAGCGACGCUGAGGAAGCGAUUACAGCUACCGAAAAUUUGUUCAAGAUACCAGGUACCAGUUCUUCUACGCCUUCCACCCCAGUCGGUAAAGUGAAACCUAGGAAAAUGAGCAAAGACGACAAGACUUUAAAUCAGCAAAAAAUAUCUGACCAAAGUAGCGAAGCAACCAAAAGUACCAGCAAUAUUCGGAAAAUGAGUUCAGAAAGUGCUGAUAAUUCACAGUGUACGGCAAAGUCAUCCGCCGACUCUGUAGAAAUUCCAAAAACGCCACCACCGUUAAGGAAGGGAUCGGUAGAAAAUGUGGAAGCUGAAAAAAGUGUUACAAAUGUGCAAAAAGGGUCAGUUAGCAUAUCCGACAAUGCAAAGACCCCGGAAACUGGUGAAAAUUGUGAUAAGAAAUCUAAGAUGAGACGUGAAAGUAGUUCUGAUAGCAACAAGACAGCCGUGGGUACGAAAAAUAUUAGUACGAAUUUAGUGGAAACUCAUAAACCGUCAUUAGAAUUAGUAGAGGGCUCAAAGUCGUCGUUACCCACACGAAAAAUAUCAAUCGAGAGUGUAGAUAUCAGUAAAGGAAAAAGGACAUCGGUCGAUAGUUCGUCAAUGUCUAGAAAAAUAUCGACCGAAUCAAUGGAAAAUAAAAGCAGAAAUGUUCCAUUGAGAAAAACGUCGUCGGAAACGAAUGAAAUUGAUAAGCGAAUAAGUGAAAGUAAAAAGAUGACGAAAAAAGUAUCAACAGAAUCUAUAGACAGUGGAAAACCUGAUGUAGGUGAAAUAUCUAGUCUAGAAAAAGUGAGAAAUUCAAGGUUCGUGACUUCUCGCGUAUCUGAAGAUGUAGCUGACUUUGAAACCAAACCGCAACAAGAAGAACAGGUAACAAUUUAUGACCAGGAUGACAACGGGACCAGUAUCAGUGACAUUGUUGCUGCACAAGCCAUGCAUGAAUCUUUAAGUAAAUUAGGGAAGGUUCCCCUCAUAGAUGCAGAAAGUCCAAGCACCAUUGAUGAAGGUGUGAAAGAAGGGGAUUCGAAAAAAGACGAAAGCAGUGAUGAUAAUGAUAACAAGUAUCGUGAGGGUGCUCAGGAUGAAUCAUUAGUUGAAGGAUUUAUUGGCCCAUUGCUGGAUGAAAACUUUAAAGCAGAUGAAAAGUUGACGCAAAAGACUAUGGCAAUGGAGGAAAUUAAAACUUUACUCAUGAAAGCCAAAGUACAGGCAGUUGAAGAAGAUGAGGAUGAAGAAAAGGCCAUUGGAAUUUCACCUGAUGGGAGGUUUUUAAAAUUCGAAGAAGAAAUUGGUCGUGGGAGUUUCAAAACAGUCUAUCGUGGCUUAGACACUCAAACAGGUGUUGCAGUGGCUUGGUGUGAAUUACAGGAAAAAAAACUCAAUAAAACUGAAAGGCUCAGAUUUCGUGAAGAAGCAGAAAUGCUAAAGGGGUUACAGCAUCCGAACAUUGUAAGAUUCUACGAUUACUGGGAGGUCACACUGACACGCCGCAAGUACAUCGUACUUGUAACUGAGCUUAUGACAUCAGGCACUUUAAAGACGUACUUGCGGCGAUUCAAAAAAAUUAACCCAAAGGUGGUAAAGUCCUGGUGCCGUCAGAUUCUAAAAGGAUUAAGCUUCCUUCACUCACGAUCACCACCCAUCAUUCAUAGAGAUUUGAAGUGUGACAAUAUUUUCAUCACGGGGACAACAGGAAGUGUCAAAAUUGGUGAUCUGGGAUUAGCCACUCUAAAGAAUCGAAGUUUUGCGAAGAGCGUCAUCGGUACUCCAGAGUUCAUGGCCCCUGAAAUGUAUGAAGAGCACUAUGAUGAGUCAGUCGACGUGUAUGCCUUUGGUAUGUGUAUGCUGGAAAUGGCGACAAGCGAGUAUCCCUACUCUGAAUGCACUGGACCUGCACAGAUCUACAAACGUGUUGUAUCGGGGGUCAAACCACAAAGUUAUGACAAAGUUGAGAAUCCCGAAGUUCGUGACAUAAUUGAAAUGUGCAUUCGAUUGAAAAAGGAAGAACGUCCUCUAGUCAAAGAUCUGUUGAAUCACGAAUUUUUCGCAGAUGAUGUUGGUUUUAAGUUGGAAAUGGUCUCCAGAGAAACUGCGAUUGCAGAUUCUGAACUAUCACGGAUAGAGUUUCGCCUCCGUGUCCUAGAUCCAAAAAAACGGAGUAAUAAACACAAAGAGAAUGAGGCGAUUCAAUUCGACUUUGUUAUGUCGACAGACAAUGCUGAGGGAGUCGCUUCUGAGAUGGCUAAGUCGAGUCUCAUUCUUGAAGAAGAUGCUAAAGCUGUUGCCAAGCUGUUAAAAUCCCAAAUUGCUACUCUACUUCGAGAGAGGGAUGAACGAAAGGCAAAAGAAGAGAAGGAGCGUCUUGACCGUGAAGCUGAAUCUAACGCUGCUUCAGAUCAAUUGCUCCAGCAACAACAAAUGCAACAGCAACAGCUAUUGAUGCAACAAAUGCAGAUGCAACAACAACAAAUACAGUCUGGGUUGGGCAUACAAAUGCAAGGAUCUCUGCAGAUCCAAGGCCAAAUGCAAAUUCAGCAGCCAAUGCAAGUACCUAUGCAGCAACAAGUUCAUCCUCAACAACAACAGCAACAAGUACAAAUGCAACAAUUGUCUCAACAGCAAAGUAUGCAGCAGCAUAAUUUACAGCCCCAACAGGUUCAGUUAGUUCAACAACAACCACUUUUACAACAGCAGACAUCCGUUGUUCAACCUCAACAAGCGCAACAAAUUCAACAAAUUUCAUCACAUCCACAAGCACCGCAGCAGCAUCAAUAUUCACAGCAACAAUAUCAACAACAAAUACAACAAGGAUUGCAACAACAUGUACAACAACAGCAACAGCAAUUCCAAUCUCAGCAGCAACAACCUAUACAGUAUACUCAACAAGUUGGCCAGAGUCUAAGCGCAAGCUCUUCGCAAUGUUCAACGCCACAAAGUAUUCCAAACCAGCCACAGUUCCCACAAGUCUCUCAGCAGCAGCAUCUACAGCAGCAGCCACAGCUGGCUCAGCAACAGUACAUUCAGUUAAAUCAAAUGAAUGUACCCCAGCAAUUGCAACACCAGCCACAAGUUCAGCAACAUCUUCCUCAACCAAUUCAAAUUCAACAGCAGCAAAUACCACAACAGGUUACUCAGCAGCAACAUAUUCCUCAGCAACAGAUUCCGCAGCAACAACAGAUUCCUCAACAACAACAGAUUCCUCAGCAACAACAGAUUCCCCAACAACAACAGAUUCCUCAGCAACAACAGAUUCCUCAGCAACAACCAAUCCCCCAACAACAACAGAUUCCUCAGCAACAACAGAUUUCUCAGCAGCAACAGAUUUCUCAGCAGCAACAGAUGCCUCAGCAACAACAGACCUCUCAGCAGCAACAACUUCCUCAACAGCAACAGAUCACUCAGCAGCAACAGAUUCCUCAGCAACAACAAAUUUCGCAACAACAACAAAUGCCUCAGCAGCAGCAAGUUCCCCAACAACAACAGCAAAUACCACAACAGCAACAAAUUCUUCAGCAACAGCAAAUUCCACAACAACAGCAACACGUUCAACAGCAACAGAUCCACUAUUCUCAAUCGCAAGUGCAACACAUUCAUCAAAUGCAUCAGCAUCCAGUAGGAUCCCCACCAGUUCCAGGUCAACAGUAUUAUCAGCAAAGCACAGCAUCAAAUGUUCCAUAUAGUAGUGCACCCAUUUAUCAGCAAAAUGUUGGACAACAGGUGUACCACACAUAUUCAUCGUCCAGUGGUGCGGCACCUCAUAUGGAUAUUAUGCCAUCAAAUCAUAGUACUCAACAAGUAUUUUCACAGUCAAAUAUUUCGGGCACCUCUGGUGUGGCAACAUCACAGAGCUAUGCUCAAGCAGUCGGUCAAAAUCAAAUGGGACAAGCUAUGUCUGGCUCUUCUUCUAUAAAUGUUCAGAGUACAAUGCCAGGAGUACAUUCGCAGAAUAUACAAACGUCAAGUCAAACCUGUCAGCCUUCAUCGGUAGCGAAUAUCCAAAGUUCACCAGCUCUUCUUUCAAGUGGCCAUCAGCAGCAAUCUCAACAAAAUUUAUUGGCUCAAUUACAAUAUUCUCAAAGCUCUAAUACUAUUCAAACAACGGUUCCUGUUACGCAAAGUAUGCCUGUUGUUUCCAAUAACACUAAUAACCUGCCACAACAGGUUUCACUAAGUAUGGAGUCUUCCACAAAUUUGAUGGAGAGAACACUGAGCAAACAAGAUACAAUGGAUUCUAUACAAUCAUUACCGGGUGAACCCAACCCUCUUGUUCAUUCAGUAUCACAACUGGACCAAGCUACAUCUGUACAGAACAUUAAUGAAGGAGCGACAUCAGAAAAUUCUGAAGCAACUGCCGUCCCUGAACGCAGUAGGGUGAAGCGUUCUGGAACAAAACGUCGCAAACCAGGGAUAAAGUUGACAGUCUUAUCGGUGAGCAGCGAGAAUCAAUCUAUGACAGUAGAAUGUCAACUAGACACGAGCAAACAGAAGACCGUCACAUUUAAAUUUGAUCGUGACGACAUGGUUCCUGUGGAUAUCGCCAACAAUUUGAUUGCAGAAAAUCUUCUACCACAAUCCCAAUGUGACACGUUUGUCGAAUUGAUUGGCGACAUAGUCAUGCAGCUUCGGUUAGACCCAGAAAGAAGUUUGCCGCUUGUGGCACACGGUCCUCCUGAUCAAUCGGCAGGAGGCAGUCCAGUGAACAGUCGGCGACCUCGAGAUCGUGACCACAGUCUCGAAACAUCUAAGCAGGUGAGACAUGGCUCGUUAACCCGUCAAAGCAGCCAUCGAUCAUCGUACAAAGUUCAUCGUAGGCACCGUUCGAGAGAUGAAACAUCGAACACUUCUACACCAACAAAAUUACUUCCAAUUGAUCAAAUAAUCUCUCACAUUGCACAUGUGCCCAGCGAGAAACAAAGUGUUCAAACGCCAGAUGGUCAAGCAGGAACUGACAGCAUAUCAUCAGAAGCAUCGCGACGAUCUUCUACAUCUACUCAAAAUACCGAUACGCUAACUCCUACAUACAUGCCAAAUGAACCAAACGAUACAUACGAACUUACAACUUCUGUAACAUCUACUGAAACGAUAAUGGAAGUUGGCCAUGCGUUGCCAGAAGGCGCUUCAAGUGCAACUCCUCAAUCUCAUAUAAAUGCAGCAGACAGUGCUCAGUAUCAAGUAAAUUCAGCAACUGCCAGUUCAGGAAUAAAAUAUUCGGAUGCUCCUGCUAAAGAAACGGAUAGUAUACAAGAUCCCAUAGAUAUUACUAAUGAGGAUGAUAGUCAUGCCACCCAAGCGCCGAUAACUACAGUAGUUGAAAGUAAUACAUUACCUGGGCCACCUUUACGUAAAAUAUCAAGAUUUUUGGUCAGCCCUGUCAUGGAGCAAAAUAUAACUGUAUCUGAUAAUGCAUCUAGUAUUCCGAAUGUUACUUCGAGUGAGAAUUGCGAUAAUUCUUCAGCACAAAAAAUGUCUGAUGCAAGCUCAUGUUCAAACAUUUUAAAUCUAGAGAAUGUAAAACCAGAAGUAAAUGCUCCAAAUGUCGAAAUAAUUUCAGACCAAGCAAAAUCAACUGAAAAGAAUGUAAUAGCAGCUGAAAUUGAUUCUGCAAUAAUAAUGAAACAACAAGACACCGCUGGCAUGGAACAAAUGCAAAAUAUUACAACUUCAUUCAAUGAAACUGCCAGACAUGCCCAGCAGCAAUUACAACCAAGUGGAGAUACGACAGUGAAUUCAAUUCACAAUCAACAAUCAACAACACAAAUACAGCAACAGGUUCAACAGGGUAUACAACAAUUUCAAUCACAACAAAUGAUACCUCAACACCAACAAGUACCAAGUCAGUUACAGCAUAAUGUAUCGCAAACUCAUCAAAAUAUUUCACAAAUACAUCAAUCUAUGGGUCCAAAUACGAAACAGGUGCAGCAAACAACAAUAUUGAAUUCUCAGAAUCAACAAAUACAUCAGGGAUCACCUCCGAUACAACAAAAUAUACCACAUAUGCAACAAAACCUCUCGCAUAUUCAGCAAAAUGUGGUUGCAGCUCAACAGAAUAUUGAACAAAUGCCAUUACCACAAGUGUCGCAGGGAACCAUUGCAAACCAACAAGUUCAGUAUCAAGAACAAUCUAUGAUCCAACAGCAUAUUAUAAUACAGCAGCAACAACAACAACAGCAACAAUUGCAAUCAGCACCUAUGCAACAAAAUAUAAGCCAGCAACCCCAAGUGCAGUCACAGCACUUGCAACAGCCACAGCCACAGCAACCUCAACUUCAACAUCAGAACUUACAACAAUUUGUUCAACAACAACAGCCACAACUACAACAACAGGCCCAACAAAUGCAACAACAGUAUGUUAUUGUACCACCGCACGUGCAACAAAUUCAACAAAACGUCGAUGAUAGAAAUCGUAGAGUGUCAAAUAUUUCAACACUUUCAAACAUGUCAACAGAUUCUCAAUUGUCAGACGUUUCAGGCAUAGCAGAAGACGGGAGAAUGUCUACACCAAUUCAUCUUCAACACGUUCAAAUGCAACAUCAAGAUGUUCAUACAACUAAUAUAUUUACCCCUCAAGCCGUAGCCGACAUUUCUCAGCCAUCGUCAAUAGGUCAUCACGCUGCUAGUACACAAGCUCAGGUCCCUGUAGUAACGAGUGUUGAGAUACCACCGAAAGUUACAGCAAAGCCCAAAGAAGUCUCGUCUACACUUCCAGAUCUAGCUCAAAACCUUGCUAAUAUACUCUCAAAUCCAAAAUCUAAAUCUGUUACUCCACAUAACGUGAAUACUAUUCAUGAGCCAAAUGCAAACACAGUUUCUAUGGAACAUAAAACAACACUGCAUCCUGAGCAAUAUUUUCAACCCAUACAACCUGAAGCUACUCUGGUAUCUCACUCUCAGCAAACGCAUAUACAACAGAAUCAACCAAGCUUACAAAAUCUACCAACAAUUCCGUUGAAUAAUCAAAAUCAACAACCUGUUCCUCAAGCUUUUCAAAAUCAACCACAAAUACAACAAGGUAUGCAAGUAAAUGUUCAACCGGUACAUCAAGGCCUGCAAAAUCAACAUCACCUUCAAAAUCAUCCGCAAGUACCUCCUAUUGCGCAACAGAGUCAAGCCCAGUUUCAAACAACUCAUCAGUCUGUUCAACAAACGAUUCAGAGUCAUCAACACACUUUACAAAAUAUUGAAAGUGUACAACAACCAAUAACCUCACAGAACGUUCAAAGUCAACAACAAAAUUUACAAACACAGGCAAUCGUACAGCAAUGGAGCAUACAACAACAGAAUACAACCUCAAUUCUGCAGAAUAAUUUGGGUGUACAACAAUUGCCUCUAGUUCAACAGGUUCAUCCUAUGCAAAAUCAAACACAAAUUCAACAAGUAACGCCAUUGCUGCAGCAACCUAUACAAGAAUCAAGUAAUGACUAUCCUGCUACAUCUGAGCAACCACAAAAUAUUAAUAUUAAUAAUAAUGUGGUGUCACUAUUGGAAACAGAAGUCAACAGCGGCGAAAAUAACGACAUAAGCAGGCGUACCAGUUCAGAUUGUCAAGUGGUUUCUACCGAGCACGACAACUCCAGUCAUGAAGCAACACCCGAUCAUACACUCACUGAACUAACAGAAACUUCAGUAAUGCAACAACAUUCGAAGUUGAGCCAGCAAAACUCUCUGGAUAAGAUUGCCGACAGUGGUGGGCCUCAGACGAUUGCAGAUUUGCAACAGAAGCUAGUACAGUUGACAAGCCAACCUUCCGAAUCUCUGAGCAUAGGAACCCCUCCGAUAAGUCAUCCUGCUACACCUCACUCGCACCAAACAGCAGGUGGAUACGACACAUACAUGCAUACUCUGCAGCAAAAAUUGGCCAACAUCGGCAUGCCUGUUGCAACUAGUCAUUCCUUAGGAACUUUGUCUCCACAAACAACAGUGCAUUCAUCGAUAGCUGCUUUCAUUCCUCAUGCUGCAUCCAGUGAUGUAAGUAACGUUGUCAUACCUGUGGAGGGUGUUUUUUAUGGCCAAGAACCAUCGAUCGCUGUACCUGCAACCACACAAACAAACUCGGAGUGUACGACUGAUAGUCCAUUGAUUACGGGAGGUUCAGAAGCGAUGUCACCAAGCAAGGAGAAUGUCAAAAUACGUUCUCAACGGCCAGGAUCUCGUUUGCAAGAAUUGGAGCAAGAAUUGGCAAAGAUUCAUCAUAGAGGUCCUUUGAUGAACUCGUCACCUUCACAACCUUCUACACCUCCUGUACCCACGGGACAAAUAUUUCCUCCGCAGCAAACACAGCUCGCUACCGUUCACCCUGUACCUAUUGCUGCUAUUUCACCAAGCGUCAUCAAUUCUAACUCAGGUUCCAAUACCCCUAUCAAUUUGGAACAAACUCUUGACAAUGCUCCUGAGCAAAUAACAUCAGAUCAACCAGUAAGAAAAAUAUCGAGAUUCAUGGUAUCUAAAGUAGCUGGGCCACCUCCUGUUGAUGCUGUACCAACUAGUCAGCAACAAACAUCAUUGACAAUUUCUGACCAACAAAGACAACAGCAGGAGGAAAUGAUGACCCGGCGAGCAGGCCGAUUCAGCGUAACCACUCAUCACAUGGAAGAGAUGCAGUGUACAGGUAUACCAGUUCAAGUGCUUCAUAACAGAGAAGGCUCAUUGCCGCCUACUUCUUCCGCCACAUCCAUCGGCACCCUAACGACCGAGUCUCCAGGCAGAUUGGUGGACUCUCUGAGGGUGAGCAGUGAAAGUUUGAUGGUAGCUACACCGCCGGGCACCAAAAGCUUUCCCUCCUCCUAUUCAUCUUUUACCUCUGGCUCGUCUUCCCAUUAUAAUUACCAAAGCCCUAUUUCCAAAAAACAGUAUAGUUUACCUACUUCACCCAAAACCGAUUUCAGACUUCCUGUAUUUCAACCUCAACAACGUAAUACACACACCUUUCCACAGACAACGCUAAACACACAAAGUCAGAAACAUCCCUCAGUUCAUAGUGGGAUAUAUUCUACUCAAUCUCUAGACCAACAAAUCCAAAAUAUAUUUUUAUUGAAACCCCCUCCGGGCUCAAAGCAGCAUGUGAUACCACGAGAUGCUGUUAAAAACGCGCAUGAUUCUUUCGCUCAAUGUUCAUCUCCUCAAACUCAGCCACAAAAAGAUAUCCCGCACGAUCCUCUGAACCUUGGAGCACAAGCUGAAAAUUUGUCGCCCAUCACGAAUCGACUCCAGGAUAAUACUCUGCAGCAUCUUUUGCAAAAUCAGUCUGAAAAAGAUGAGAAGAAUCAAGUGCUGACACCCAGCGAGGAGUAUCAGCUUCUUAUUAAAAGGCAAACAACAGAGUUAGAAACCUUGCAGCGCAGACACAGAGAAGAACUAGAAAGAUUCCAACAACAACAGCUACAAUUAUUAAUUCAGCAACAGCAACAGGCCAGCGCCUUACAUCAACACCAGCAUCAUCCCCUCCUCUACCACACAGUUGCCUCAACAGUUGCAGGGCAAACAAGAUCGACUGGGAUGGAAGAUUAUUUAAUGUUCAGUACGGCGCCUCAGACACCACUACAAAAAAUGCCUGGCCAAUCGUUAGAUACAGAAGAAACUUUGAGGCUAGCUAUGCAAAAGCUGAACCAAACCCCGCAAUCUUCUCAACAACAAGCUACUAAUAUUCCACAUGCUUAUGUUAUCCCCAUACCGGUUAUGCCUACUGAGAAUAUGCAAAAUAUAACACAACAUUCAAGUAAUUAUACCAGUGCGACAAAUGCUAAUGAAACAUUAGAAACAAUUGGUUCAACAAACGGUCCAACUACUUUGAAUCCUGCACGCUAUCAGUUUGCACCAAUUAUACCGGAUGGAGCCAAUUUCAGUGGACCUAUGUCUGGUAGUUUGGUCGCUCCAACUCCCAUAUCUGGUUCUACUGCUAACAGUGGCUACCUCCAUUAUCAUCAGGGACCAACAUUGGCAAAUUUUCAAACAUUUGGGUAUACCCCUCAUGGUGGAUUCUUCCUACCAGCAGGUUACCGAUUGAUCUACGCCCCUACCAGUAGUCCACAGUCUCAGCCUGCCACACCCGCCACUCCUCAUUUGGGUAAUUCACAUAACGGCACACCGCCAGGUGAACCCCAGCAUUGUUCCGAAUACAAUACGACUCUGCAACCCGACCAGUAAUCCAAAAUAUCAACUUUCUUAGCUUACAGUCAAUAUAACUAAUUUGCUAUUCAAUAUUACUAUCACCUUAUUAAUAUAUUGUCAUUUAUUAUUAUUGCCAUUAAAAAACUAUCAUUACGAUACAAUGUUGAUGUGUGAUAUUGUAUCAUACAAUAACGAUAUAUGCUUGUACGCAAGUAACCAAGCAAGCAUAUAUGUACAUAGAUUUGUUGGUUCGUUGUGGCGUACGAUUGUUGAUUUGCACGCGCGUGAUUGUGACUUGUAAAAUAUGACCAUACGAAUCAUAAUAUACGGGGUAUUCAGAGAAUUUCUACUUAAGAUUUCUACUGCAUCACUCAAUGGUUGUACCAGAGACAUUGCGUCAUUAGAGUGUAUGAAAACAGUAUAAGAAUCAGCAUUUAUGCUAGUAGUAAUUUUUGAUCGACAGCUGAACGUUUGAUUUGAUAUCACCUACUCUUAUCCCUAAAAGUGUUGAAUGGUUUCACGGCAGUUUCUGGAACAGUGAUUAUUUUUGUCCAUUUUUUUUCUGUACCUAACAACCAAAGCACAGGGUAGAUCAAUGCGUUGUGCAUGUUUGAUCGUGUUGAGAUUAUAUUAAGUCACUAUGGUCUCUGGUAUGAAUGUUAAAGACUUACAAUUAAAGAGCAGCUUCCACGUGGUAGAUAUGGAGUAUGAAGAAAGGAUUUAUGUGAACGAAAAACAUUAUUGAUUUAGUCACUGUUACGCUUUCAUGUAAUCAUUUUAGCCGAUUUGAAUACUACAAUGAAAAAUAAGUUAUUACCUCGCUGGCUAUGCGAUAUCUUAUCUAUCAGUUUAACCUUUGUUAUUUUCACUCUCAGUGUGCUAGUUUUAGAGAGUUAUCCCUUUCUGGUAUUAUAAUAUAUCCUUGAAACGUUUCCGUUGCGUUAUUAUAUCGCAGUGUGCAAAGUUCUGUAAUGUUAUAACAUCAUAUUUUAACUUCAAUCCCAAUAAUUGCACUCAAUCCUAAUAUUUCUUUUAGAAAUAAACGUUAAUUAAAUUAUUUUUUUUUGCAAAAGUAGAUCAGACAUAUUUUCAACUCCCUGCUGAACACCUUACUCAUUUCAUUAA